CAGAACAAUAUGAAAUAAUAAACUGCGUUAGGCUUUCACGGCCAUCGUCUAACUUAUUAAACUGUUUGUUCGGGAUAUUAGGCCGUUGUCUUCUGAGAUUAGUUCUCGACGUUUCGCCAACACUAGGGGUUGGUAUCUUCUGGAGAUGUUGAAAUGCUUCGCUUGUAAGCAGAAACUGACGCUGCGUCGUACUACGGAGGCAAUAUUUAUAUUUUCCACUCGCCUCCGCUCCACUGGUUUCGGCUUGAGGGGGCGUGUCGUUGUUUGUAGUAGUUUUUUUUACUUCGUGUUUGGGGGGAAAAAUCCACAAACGCCCUUCCCUUUUUAUUCAAUUCUAUACUAGGGUACUAUAAGAGUCCACUUCGUGUGCUUCCCUAAAAUCUUCUGCACACCUAACUUGUAAAACUUCUUUCUGUUAAAUGUUAGUAAAGAAUUAAAAUAGGACACAUAUACAAAAAGAAUUAGCCUUACUAAUUAAUUUCGGAAGUUUUUUUGGAACUAUCAACUAUUUUAGUCGAGCAUUAGGGCUUUAACAAGAUCUUAGGUUUGUUAUUAUUUUGCUUUUAGAUUUGCAAAAUAUCCAAGAAGUAUGUACAUUGAAAAUCGUUGUUUAUUACUUCUGGGAAAUUUAUUAAUAUUCUUAAUGUUAGGACGCCACUAGUAUAUCACAAGUUGUUUCAAGACGCUCUGGAAUCUAGUGGAACGAAUUUCUCAACUUAGAACAGACUGCUGAGUUGUAUAAUUAGAAUUUGACCAACUCAUAUUACAAAUAAAUAUACUAUAUUCGGAAUGUUAAUGUAUCAUAAAAUCUAUACAGAGCCAAGAAAAAGUAGUUAUCUGUGCUACGCAAGAUAUAAAAGAACACAUAAACCUGUGUCGAGGCUAACUCGCUUCCUACCUCUAUUUUACGAUCCAUCGACUAAUUAAUAUGCCGUCGAAAAGAUGAUCACACGGUAUCACAUGCGUUCUGCACACUUUUUCGCAUCUGCAGAUGCGAAAUUCGUGCUGUGGUACGUUUUUUAAAUGCAAAACGGAUUUCAACUAUGGACAUUCAUUGUCAGUUGAUCGAAAUUUAUGGGGAAAAGUGCAUAUCUGUUCAACACAUUCGCAAAUGGUGUAGAGAAUUCAAUGAAGGACGAACGGAAAUUCGCGAUGAAGAUCGAAGCAAAAAGGUCUAGAGUUUUAAACAAAAUUGUCGAAAAAGUUGAAAGAAUAGUGCUUGAAAAUCGGAGGUUCACCAUUAAAGACCUUGUUUUGCGUAAUCCUGAGACUUCACACACUACAAUUCAUCAGAUAUUAACAGAAAAAUUAGGCAAUCACAAAGUGUAUGCGCAGUGGGUACCGCGACUGCUUACAGAAAAUCACAAACAGCAAUGUGUCGAGUGUACCCGGCAGUUUUUGCAACAAUGUGAAGACCAGUAAAAAUUUUUGGAUUCUAUUGUUACAGGCGACGAAACAUGGGUGUUUUAUCCCUGAAACCAAGCAGUAAUCACGUGAAUGGACGAGCCAAGUUUACCGAAGAAGUGUAAACAAAGACAGUCUGCUGGGAAAGUCAUGGUAACCGUCUUUUGGGAGAGGAAGGGGCUACUUUUAAUCGACUUUUGUCUCAUGGAACAACCGUUAACUCUGACAGAUAUGGCGAGACAUUAAAAAGACUGAGAAUCUCCAGAACCUAGGGCGAGGACGAUUGUCCAGUGGUGUGAGACUUCUCCAUGACAACCGCUCGACCUCACGUCUCACUAAACAACUGCUAAGAGAUUUGGCAGUUGCUCCUUUAAUUUUGGAAAUAAGUAAUAAUCACUAGGUGCUAGGUCCCACAGUCCGAACCUAGCACCAAGUGAUUAUCACUUAUUCCCAAAAUUAAAGGAACAAUUGGGUGGCUUAUGCUUCAAUACCAUGGUGAAGUGAAGGAAGAAGUUUCUUGAUUUGUCAAAGAAUUGGUGGAAGAAUUCUAUAACAUGGGGAUAGAAAAGUUGCGAGAAUUGUCUUGCAAAAGUGUGUGGACACAAAUGGCGAUUAUGUAGAAAAACAGAGUUUUUAAAUGUUUUAUAACACUAAGAACAAAAAUAAAGCUGUAUAUUUUUAAAGUGGAUGGGAAUCUUAUUUUACGAAUGGCCCUCGUAUAGUGCGCGCAAGCACUCCUGACCAGGGCGCAGUAGACGAAAUUUGGUUUAGUCCACACUUUCAUGCGAAACGCAUUGUACUAUGCACUGUAUAAUUCCACUUACAAUAGAACCUUUCUGCCUUUAGGUGAAUUUGACUCCGCCUUCGCGCAGCUCCAUGGUCAGGAGUGCUUGAACUAUCUUUAACAUGACAUAGUUCUUAUGAGAAGAUAUAAGGAAAGAUUAAAAGAAGCAUUAACAAUCCUGGUAAAUGAAGUACGGAAAAGAGGUCUACCAAUUUCCCUUGAUGAAGGAAAAACUAAAUAUUAUAAAUACUCUCUAGAAGAAAAGAUAACAAGACGAAAGAAAUCAAGAUAGAAAACUAUACUUUUCAAAGAGUUCUGCAAUUUAAAUACUUGGGAAAAUUGUGAUUGAGAUACCAUAUGCCAAUAAAGGUCAAGAACUUAUCCAGAAAUACAAAACUGAAAAUAUACAGAGUUGCAAUCAGACCAGUAGUUACAUAUGCAGCUGAGAUAUGUGCCUCACAGAUGAAGAUGAAAAAUUAAGAAUAUUCCAAAAGAAAAUCCUCAGAAGAAUUAUGGGCCUGAAAAGAAUGAAGCAUGACAUAAGAGACAUGAUGAAGGUACAGUUAGAUUUAUUAAAGUAUGGAGACUAAGAUGGCUGCGCCACAUGGGGAGAAGGAAAAACGACCUAGUGAGUCACUAAAAGAAAGCCAGAAACUGAAAGACCGAGAGCAAGACCUAGGGAGGGAUGGGAGGACCAGGUUCUGAGAGAUAUCCAAAUCCAGAAAAUGACUGGAAACUGAAGGGAACUCUACACAGAUCGCAAUGAGUGGAAGAAUAUUGUAACGAAAGUCAAAUCAUAUAAUAUAAAAAACUU